GUAUGUUCGUUGGGGCGGCGAUCAAGGAGCUUCGUGACCCGGUGGUACCCGCUCUCGUAUCCCUUGUGCGUCACUACACCAUGGUGGCGGUGGCCCAGCAAUCGGGAGCAUUCGCGUACAGCCCGAAGCCCAACAAACAGAUAACUUUGGACCCGCUCGUGCUGGUGGACGCCUUGGCCAUCAUAAUGGGCCACGAGGAGCGGGAAUUGUGCAAGCCUGGCCAUCUAGGAUUGGUUUUGAUCGUGGACACUGCCUCCACGCUCUUGGGAAGCCGCGAGAUGGCCUGCCGUUUGCCGCUGAUCGAGUACCUCUCGGAGAAGAUGUGCUCGUUGUGCUACGAGAGAGCGUGGUACGCCAAACUCGGGGGGUGCAUAGCCAUCAAGUUCAUGUUCGAGCGGUGCGCCUUGAAGUGGGUGUACGAGCACAUGUUCAUGUUCCUGAAGGCGCUGCUCUUCGUCAUGAUGGACCUGACGGGGGAGGUGUCGAGCGGGGCCCUGGACAUGGCCAAGGACAACCUCCAGAAGAUGCUUAUAGUGUGCGUGACGCCGCCGCCCGACGGGUCGGACCAGCAGACCAAAGAUCUGCAGAACGAGGCUCUGCACAAGGUCACCCACGAGCUGGUCAGGCAGGUCACCAGUCCGCACACCAUGGUUAGGGAGCAG